AUGCCUACUAAUAUAGAUAACGAUGUUGUCCCAAUAGCCACUUUUUGUAAACGAUACGGGAUAUCUUUGGAAAGGCAAGAAAGCCUAGGCAUAACUUCAUCCAGAUAUUUGGAACAGAUUAAUGAGGUUGAGUACAACGGGCUGAAGGAAGAACUCUUACAAGAAUAUAAGAAAAGGAAACUUGAGGAUGCUCUUCGCUCAAGAGAGACAUUUAAGAGACAGAAACCUUGUUAUGAAACCGAACUUUUGCAUUCCACUUUAGUUUCUGAGGAAGAGUGCUUCGAACCAAUUGUGAUAUCUAGUGAACAGGAUGGUGUAAAUGAAGCAACCAUAUGGAGCAACACGCUGGUUACACAAUGCGAAAUUUUACAGUCUGAUGAUAUUCCCACAUAUAACUGUACAAUGACUACAAAUAACAGCUAUAUACUAGACCAGCAAACUUUGAACUACGAUAUGGAAUUCAACAUCCUAAACUCUGACAGAUCUAUCAAGGACAGUAGUCCUCCUCUCAACUUUGAAAUUCUCAUUUAA